AUGGCCUUUUGGGCAACAGUGGCCAGCCGCGAAACUACUUCACCUCGGGUUAUGCCUGCUUUAACUCCAAGUCAGAAACAAUUUCUGCACGACGAGCUGAGAUAUAGGGACAAAUUACAUUUCCUGGCGGACAAUGAUGAUGCCAAUCUAUCGGAUUAUUAUGUACGCAAAGAGGAAACGGUCGAUGAUCCGGAGCUAUUGGAUAAACACGACUCAUUCUAUCACACGACAAAAAGUCUUUUGGUACUCUUUCAAAUUAUGGGCGUCAUGCCAAUACAUCGCAAUCCCCCAAAACCGAAUUUACCACGUACCGGCUAUUCGUGGACUUCGAAGCAGGUGUUGUGGGCCAUGUUCGUCUAUGUCAUACAGACAACAGUGGUGAUAUUUGUUCUGCAGGAGAGGGUGAAUAAAUUUGUAACCAAUUCGGAGACUCGAUUCGAUGAGGCCAUUUAUAAUGUCAUCUUUAUCAGUCUGCUGUUUACAAAUUUUCUCCUACCCGUGGCCAGCUGGAGGCAUGGUCCUCAAGUUGCCAUAUUCAAAAAUAUGUGGACCAAUUAUCAAUUGAAAUUUUUAAAAGUUACCGGAACACCAAUUGUUUUUCCGAAUUUAUAUCCUCUGACAUGGGGCCUGUGUAUCUUCUCAUGGACUCUUAGUAUUUUGAUAAAUUUGUCGCAAUAUUUCCUGCAGCCGGAUUUUGAAUUUUGGUAUACCUUUGCGUAUUAUCCGUUGAUUGCAAUGCUGAAUUGUUUUUGUAGUUUGUGGUACAUCAAUUGCAAUGCCUUUGGCACCGCCAGUCGAGCCUUAUCCGAAUCCUUGCAAAAGACGCUGAGAAGUGAAAAGCCGGCACAAAAAUUAACCGAAUAUCGUUAUUUGUGGGUGGAUUUGAGUCACAUGAUGCAGCAGUUGGGUCGUGCCUAUUCGAACAUGUAUGGCAUGUAUUGCCUGGUCGUCUUCUUCACCACCAUCAUUGCCACCUAUGGUUCGUUGAGUGAAAUUAUUGAUCAUGGUGCCACCUAUAAAGAGGUCGGUCUCUUUGUCAUCGUAUUCUAUUGCAUGAGCUUGCUGUAUAUCAUCUGCAAUGAGGCCCAUUAUGCUUCGCAGAGGGUCGGUUUGGAUUUUCAAACCCAGCUGUUAAAUGUCAAUUUGACAGCUGUCGAUUCGGCCACCCAAAAAGAGGUGGAAAUGUUUUUGGUAGCCAUCUCGAAAAAUCCGCCAAUUAUGAAUUUGGAUGGUUAUGCCAAUAUUAAUCGGGAAUUGAUAACAUCGAAUGUAUCAUUUAUGGCCACUUAUUUGGUAGUGCUGCUGCAAUUUAAAAUUACGGAACAGAGGGGAUUGCGUUCUCAGCAAGCGAUUGCCAUGGACCCAUGA